UCCCUUGGAAUUACAUGACAAGGUCAGAGACAUCAGAUUCUGACCAGAUUCAUGUCAGACAGGUUUGAUCGUUUAACCAGCGUUAGACAGCAGCUAACGUUAUCUUCCAGUCCAGCAGAGGUCGCCUUGCGCUCCGCGCCGUCCUGCGCUCGCGUCUAAGAAAACUAUCGUUGACGCGGAAGUCAGGGUCUGUAUUUACCUCCAGCUGACUCUUUGUUUGCGCUGGGACUCGAACCGCGAACGGAACAGGACGAUGUGCGCCGUGCAGCUGAUGCGGGCGUCAGUACAUGAGCGGAUCAGCGCCGCGGCCGAGGACUUCCUGCUGCAUGUGGACAGAGGGCCGGAAGCGGCUCGUGUCCUGAUGCUGAGGCCGAUGCUCAUUGAGCGGCUGAAGGCGGCGGCAGAGGCGAUCAUCGGCCUGUUCGAGGAAACCGUGGCGGAGUACGAGGACAUCGUGCAGCGGUCGGAGCGGGAGAUCUGCCGCCAGAGGAGGCUGCUCGAUGCCGUGUUGAAGCCCGAAGUCAGGCUGCACCGAGCAGACGUCCAGCAACUAAAGGUGAAUGAGGAAGUGGCUCCUUCUGAGUAUCAGGAUUGGAUCUCCAGUGUGGACCAGGAGGACUCGGAACCCCCCCACAUCAAAGAGGAACAGAAUGAACUGUGGAUCAGUCAGGAGGGAGAGCAGCUUCAGGAACUGGAGCAGACUGACAUUAUCAAGUUCACCUUUACUCCUGACACUGUGAAAACUGAAGGAGAUGAAGAGGAACCUCAGUCCUCACAGCUUUACCAGAGACAGACUGAAGAGGACAGAAAGGACAGUGGGGGACCAGAACCAGCCGGGAACUCUGGUCCUGAUGUACAUUUACAACCAUGUCCUGAGGACACGGCCAUAAACACUGAUGUUGAUGGGAUAGAGACCAGGGAACCUAAGCCUAUGCACCCGUCUAUAAUCCGGAGUGGACGACAGUUAGUGAGCACAUCCCACCACGGCUUUGAUCAGUUUGGUUGUCCUCUGUGCCCGAAGUUCAUCACCUCACGAGGCGACACCAUACGGAGACACCUGAAUGCCCAUGUACACAAUGCAGUGCAUCUCCAAGACACCAUCAUUUGCCGAUGCAACAUGUCGUGCAGAGGCACCGGUCAUUACCACUGUCCAAACUGCAGUAAGACAAUCAUGCGCAGAGAGGAUAUGGUGUUACAUGUGACUGGAUGCAAGAGAACAAGCGAUGUAACACCAACGCCCGGUGAAACAACCUCAUUGGUCUCACACCCAUCACGGACACCUAGAGCUGAUAUCAGCCCACCUGCGCUAUCCUCAUCUUUGGUGUUCAUUCCAAACAUUUGUUUCACAAGAGAUGUCAGCACAUGCUUCAGGAUACACAAAACCUGACUCGGAGAGUUGAACCUUCUGGAUUUUGCCAUAGAUGUCAUGGUGGCAACGCAAAAAAACUCCUGAUAAGACUGAAUGGACAUACUUUGCUGUUAUACUGCAGUAUAUAGUCUUCAUUGAUAUUAAAAGUAUUAUAUUUCAAAAGACGGGAUCAUUUGUUCAGGUUACCAUUAAAAUCCUGGAGGUACAAGGACACACCCGCAGCCAAGCGCAGGUCACCAUGGCCAGGGCGAGAAAGAUUUAAAUCGUAUUCAAAUAAAUGAAUAUAUAAAUUGA